AUGCCGCUGGAUUUGCGGGUAGUUUUUGAUGUGCCAACAAUAAUUACCCCAAUACAGGAUAUCCAGGGGGGUCGCUACUGGCACCGUGGUUUGAAGAACGGACUGCGGGAAAACUAUAACAACAAAAGCGGCGCUUCACGUGUCGAGAUCGACAUACACUUUGAUGAGGUGCCACUGUUUGUAUUUCCGCGAAAAGUAGUAGCUUGGACCAUCACAGGAAGGGUACAAGACCCGCAGGUAGUUCAAACGGAGCCGUUUUCGAUCGGUCUAUAUGUUGGGGAGAAACGGCCCACAAAGAUGGAGGAGUUCCUCACGCCGUUCGUGACAGAGGCAAAACAAAUGGACGAAGAACAGAUCGCCAUCAAUGGGGCCGCAGUGAAGAUCCGCGGAUUUAACAGCGAUGCCACAGCCCUGUGUCUCGUCAAAGAGACAGUAGACCACCACUCGCAGAUGGCGUGCCACAAGUGCACGGUUGUUGCCCACAGCAAGGGCAAAAGGAUGGCGUACCCUAUGCAACCGGCUGAGGCAAGAACGAACGAAAUGUUCCGGCAGUUACGAUAUGGCAACCAUCAUCUGCACGAAGACGUUGGCGAGCUUGGAAACCAGGAAAGGGUACCAAAACGAUCGGCAUUGUUGAACUUGACGCAAAUUGACAUGGUGGAAGAUUUCAUGGUAGGGGACGAGGACCACCUACUACACGCCGGCCUUAUGCGUAAAUUGCUCUUCCAUUUCGUGGAAGGCAAUGGUAGUAACGUACGAGCAAUGAAAAAAACGACGUUAUGUAACUUGAAUGCCCGGUUGCAGGAAGUUGAGCUACCAUGCGAGUGCUCGCCACGGCGCUUCCCUGAGCUAACCACGGAUCUGUGUAGUUGGAGUUUGAACCGCCACCAUUUUGGACAUUUGCUAAAGUGGGCAAUGAACCCUGCUGCGAUCGCAAAGCCGGAGCGACAGAAGCGCGAAGUGACGAAGAAUCGCUUCUCGGUGCGUUCGUGA